AUGCCAGUGCCCGAGAUGGCAGUGAGUCCAGUGAAGUCUCUGCAAUGGGAAGUGUUUCCCCCGAUGGCCGAACGCCGAGUCUACUGCACGCCUGUUCUCUGGGCCGACCGCCUCUACGUUAUGGGAGGAUGCAGUGAAAACGGAAUGCCCCUGGACUCAGUUGAGUUUCUGGAUUUAGAGAGCCAAAGUUGGUGCCAGCUACCACCGUUACCCACAGCCAGGGCAGGGGCUACGGCUGUCGCACUGGGGGAUCAGCUGGUUGUGAUAGGGGGUAUGGACGCUCAGCAGAGUCCGCUGUCAUCGGUGGAGGUUUAUCACCCUGACGAGGGCAGGUGGGAGAAAAAGGCCGGUCUUGGACAGGCGUCCAUGGGAAUAUCUGCACAUGUGAUAGAUGAAAAGUUGUAUGCACUGGGGGGAAUGGGAGCUGAUACGAGUCCUCAGGCUCUGGUGAGGGUGUAUGAACCAGUAAAGGACCAGUGGUUGCCCUUGGCCUCCAUGCCCACUCCUCGCUAUGGAGCGUUUUCUUUCCUGCUUGGCAACAAAAUCUACAUUCUAGGUGGGCGUCAAGGCAAGAUGCCAGUGACUGCAUUCGAGGCCUUUGACCUGGAGACAAAGAGCUGGACGCGCUACCCAUGCAUCCCGAGCCGCAGGGCCUUCUCCAGCUGUGCAGCCACAGAGAGGGCCUUCUUUAGCCUGGGCGGCCUUCAGCAACCCGGCCCUCAUAACUUCUACUCCAGGCCGCACUUCGUCUCCACUGUGGAGGAGUUCGACACCGAACAGGGUGUUUGGCUGAAGCCCACACGGAGUUCGCGGAUGAGGGAAAAGAGGGCCGACUUUGUGGCAGGAUGCCUCGGUGGAAGGGUGAUUGUUGCCGGGGGACUGGGUAACCAGCCGUCACCGCUGUCCUCAGUAGAGAGCUAUAACCACGUGAAGAGGAAAUGGGAAGCCGUGGCUCCACUUCCCACCCCACGCUGUUCCUGUACCCCGCUACAGACCCACAACAUGCUCUUUCUUAUCGGAGGUGUAUCCCAAGGGCCCAGCAACGCCGUGGAGGCGUUGUGUUUUCAAGAAAGCGUCUGA